AUGGAUAAUUGGGCCGCCUAUCAUCAAGCGCAGCCGGCGGAAAAUGUCGAUUGGGCUCAAUUGGCUCAACAAUGGAUGGCGAUGCGAGAAUCCGGACGUCCUCCUCAGCAACAACAACAGGAUUACGGUCAUCAGAAUCCACCAGCGCCGUGGCAUCAGAAUCAAAAUCCACGUCAUCAUCAUUUUCAACAAGGACCGCCCGGACCACCGAAUUAUCAUCAGAAUACCAUGCCACGUCAUCAGAAUCCUCAAAAUUUCCAAAAUCAAGAUUGGGGAGAUUGGUCGAGUAACGACGACCAAUGGAAUUCGGGACCGCCUCAGGGACCGCCGCCGCCACGUGGCAUUGCUCAGCAUAAUUUCCAAGAUUUUCGGGCCAACCAAGGCCCGCCUCCUCCACAAGACACGUGGCGAGGCCAUGGUCAAUUUUCAGGCCGGCCUGGCCCCCCUCCAGGCUGGUCAGGUCCGAAUCCCGGCUAUGCAGGCCCUCCGGGACCUCCAAUAGGUCAUUCUGGACCGAAUCAGAGCUUUUCCCGGCCUCCGGGACCACCAAAUCCAGGCUUCUCAGGCCCUCCAAGAGCUCCACAAGCCCCGCCUCCUCCGCCCCGCCCACUUUUCGCCGCAGCCGCAGCUUCUGAAGAGGCGCCACCAACGUUUUUUGGGGAUUCUAGGCCACCGCAGGCGAAUCCUAGGCCGCCACCACCACCCCAGCUACACUUCUUCCAAGAUGCGCCACGUGUCAAAAGUCAUGAGCAAGCUCCGCCCCCUCCACCGCCGCCUGUAGGCGUUCCACCACCAUCUGGAGACUUUUCAAUAGAUAAAGAAGCACGGAAACGGUUGCCAGCGUGGAUUCUGGAAGGGUUGGAAAAGGCAGAAAGAGAGAAACAGAGACAGGCAGAGAAAGAGGAGAAAUUGAGAAAAGCUGAGGAGGAAAAGGCUAGAAGACGUGCGGAAGCGGGAAAAUCAAAGUUUGAUUCGUCGUCGGAUGAGGAGGAGAAUGGAGAAGACGCUGAGGAGAGGAAUGGGAAUUCUAGAAAAUUCCAGGAGGAAAUUCCAGAUGAAAGAGAAGAGGAUUCAGAAGAUGAUUCUGAGGAGAGAAGAGAGCAAUUUAUGCGCUGUGUAAAAUCGCUCAUGAUGAACGUGCUUCUGGAGACGUCGAACGACACAAUUAUGCGGAUAAUUCAGGAGGAGAUUCGAGAUUUUCGGAAUAAAGAGCGAAAAAUUCAAAAACCGGCGGCGCCAAAAAUCAUUGGAAACAGCUCAGCACUGGCGGCUCUCGCGGCUUUUGGCGACGGAGACGACAGUGAUGAUGACAGCGACAAUCAAGGACCGCCACCUGGACGAUCAGAUGACGUGGCAGGCGGAUCAAAAGGGGCGGAGCCAAGCAGUAGAGGAAUUUCACAGGAAUGCGGAGAAUUCAAGGCUCCCGUGGGUAUCCCAAAUCAUCGAAAGUUUAGUGUUAAGACAGAUCAUUGUUCAUCUCCCUCUCCACCUUCAAAUGAUGGUGAUGUGAUUCUUGUUAGUGAGGAAAAACAGCCACAGCGAGGUAAGACAAAUCUGGAAAUCGAAAAAAAUCGAAUCCCCAAAAAGAGAGGAAAAGAUGAGCAAAAAGAGUCGAAAACGGUCCCGAAGUCGCGAACGGCAUCACCGUCGUCGUUCGAGAUCCAGAAGUCGUUCGAGGUCUCCAGAAGACCAUCGACAGCGACAGCGACGAAGAUCCAGAAGUUCGGAGAGAAGACGUGA